GACCCAGCCGCGUUCCCCUCGCCAUGUCCGCCCUGGAGAAGCAGCUGCAGCUCGGCCGCCUGCCGCCUCGCCCCCCGGGCCCCGCGGGGGGCAGCGGCCAGGCCCCGCCCAAGAUGCGCAUGGGGCCCGGGAGGAAGCGUGACUAUUCCCCAGUCCCGUGGAGCCAGUACUUUGAAUCUAUGGAGGACGUGGUGGUCGAGAGCGACUCCGGCAAAGAUACUUUUCGAAUUUACAAGAGUGGAUCGGAGGGCCCCGUCCUCCUCCUCCUGCAUGGCGGAGGCCAUUCUGCUCUCUCCUGGGCCGUAUUUACGUCUGCGAUCAUCAGCCGGGUUCAGUGCAGAAUCGUGGCUCUGGAUUUGAGAGGACAUGGCGAGACAAAAGUGAGGAACCCCGAAGACCUCUCGGCAGAAACGAUGUCCAAAGACGUGGGGAAUGUGGUGGAAGUCAUGUACGGCGACCUCUCCCCGCCCAUCAUGCUGAUUGGCCACAGCAUGGGGGGCGCCAUCGCGGUGCACACAGCGGCGUCCAACCUGAUUCCCAGUCUGCUGGGGCUGUGCAUGAUCGAUGUCGUGGAAGGUACGGCCAUGGAUGCACUGAACAGCAUGCAGAAUUUCCUUCGGAGCCGCCCCAAAACGUUCAAGUCUCUUGAGAAUGCCAUUGAGUGGAGUGUGAAAAGUGGACAGAUAAGAAACCUUGAAUCUGCCAGGGUUUCCAUGGUCGGCCAAGUGAAACAGUGUGAAGGAGCUGCAAGUCCGGGCGGCCCGAAAACCAUCGUGGAAGGGAUUAUAGAGGAGGAGGAGGAGGAGGAGGAAGAUGAGAACGGAGAGACGGUGAACAAAAGGAAGAAAGACGAUGAUGCCGAGACCAAGAAAGAGGCGGCGUACACGUGGCGGAUUGAACUGGCAAAGACUGAGAAAUACUGGGACGGCUGGUUCCGGGGCCUUUCCAACCUCUUCCUCAAUUGCCCCAUCCCCAAACUCCUGCUUCUGGCUGGUGUUGACAGACUGGACAAGGAUCUGACCAUCGGCCAAAUGCAAGGGAAAUUCCAGAUGCAAGUCCUUCCGCAGUGCGGCCACGCGGUCCACGAGGAUGCCCCAGACAAAGUGGCGGAGGCCGUCGCGACGUUCUUGAUCCGUCACCGGUUUACAGAGCCCAUCGGAGGAUUCCAGUGUGUUUUUCCCGCCUGUUAAUAGCCUGAGGAUCGUCCCAUUGUAAAUAAAACUGCACCCAAGGCCA